AUGCCACCGCGUAUGCGCCGUCGUAUUACGACUGCCACUCGAGAGGAAAUCGAUCGUCAGCAGAAGGCACUUGCAAAGUCUAUAAAUCGUCCUUUUGAUCUCGUAGCGAAUCUUCCUGUCAGCUACAACGAACCAGGAUCGUAUGAGCUGGUAUUCAAAAACCCAUUAACCGUCAAAGAUACCGGAGUUUUGUACUUGUCCUUACUCCGUUCACGCCAUUGUUACGUCUAUGAGGGUCCUAUGUUUGCAUUAUACUGGAUAAAGCAGAGCGCCUACGCCAAGAAGAUGGCAGCACAGGAUUCCAAAUAUUAUGAAAAAGUACAAAACGACCCCAAUUCCGAUGCUCGACAACCCAUAUUGUUAGGAGAUGUGAGUGCCAGGGACGUUAUGGUAAAAUUGUGUGACGGAACCUUGGACUUGGGACCCCAUACGUUCGAAAUACGCAUGUUCAUCGCCAAGGACGAAAGGUCAGAGAAAAAGAAGAAAAAAGAUAAGGAUAUAAAGGAAGAGGGAAAGGACCUGAAUCAGGAAUCUACUCCAGCACCUACAACUUCAACUCCAUCCGGAAGCUCUCAUCCAGGGCCAUCACCCUUACCAGUGCCAGCGCCUGUAGCCCCACAAAUACUGAAAGCACCUGAACCCAAUUCUGAGCCUCCUACUGUACCACAGAAUAGUGAAGACAAGCUGAGUGCUACAGUGGACACAGGAAAAGAAAACUCCCAUGUAUCUAAAUCCACACCAGCACCUCAACCCGCUACACAAUCGAACUCUGCACCAGAACCAUCGACUAAUCCAAAUGACACAGAAUCGACUAAAGAAGCAUUGUCCACUAAAGACGCAACAUCCACUAAAAACACUGAACCUACAAACUCAUCAUCUCAUAUCCUGCCACCAUCUAAUACACCACCAGUUGAGCCUUCCACCACUCCGCCAACUGUCAGUUCUGCUCCUCGUCAGAGAAUCACCCUAACGAAUCUGAGAACAAAGGUUCCUACUAAAGAUACAACUUCACCUUCAACUUCCCCAGCGAAUCACAUUCCCCCUCCAACAGUCCCAAUUGCCCGUCCCCAAGUCAAAGUGGGAACAACUUCCAAUGGAAGUAAUGUUCCGGCCCCAAACCAGACCAGUGAGCCAUCAACUUCCCAGCCACCGCAGGUCGAACCCAGACCAAUCUCACCCCCUACUGUUCGGGCUCCUCCACCUAGAAGUGAUCCUUCGAAUAUGCAAUCGGUAGAGAACACUAUAAUGAUUGCCAACUUGAAUGCGAUUGCUAGAGUUGAUGCAUCGUUAAAUUCUCUCAUGAAAAUCGUUGCUCUGGGUAAUGCUUCUCCCCAGCAAAUUAUGACAUUCCAAGGCUAUAUUCAGCGAGCUAGGGAAAUGGGGCCACAACCACACCAUGCUUAUUUAUUUCCCAACUACUUUCAAAAUGGUAGGUACGUAAAAUCGGGAGCAGUUCGUGACAGAAAACCAAAGGUACCAAGAGACCAAAAACUCACAGCAUUUCAGGAAAAGUAUGUUAAAGAUGCUACUGUUCUCUUUGAGUUUGCAGAAAACUCCAACGUCCGUUAUGCGCUUCCCAAGGAUGCCAUCGCCGAAGUGCUUCCUCAAACAAAGGAGAACAUCGAGGCUGACGAAAAGGAUAUUUUGUUCAGUUUUCUUUGGGUACACAAUCAAAAAGAGGUCGACGAAUAUGAAGCCAAAAAGAAGGAAUACGAAGAUUUCAUGAAAAAGAAGGAAGAGGACGCUAAAAAGAAAGCAGAAGAGGAGGAAGCAGCGAGAAAGGAAGCAGAAGAAAAGCAACGGGAGGACGACGAGAAGAUAGAAAAAGAAGAUGACGACGUAGAAAUGAAAGAAACUGAGCAAGAUAAUGACAAAGAGAAAGCUGUCGAACAAACUGAAAACUCAGAAACUGGAAACAAAGAAACCGAAAGUACAGAAACUAGCCAGCCCAUAGAUGAGUCGAAAGACGAUGAAGGAAGCAUUGCGACGAAAGAUUCUGAGGAGCCAGUCAAAAAGGAAGCUUCAGAAACCGUUGACGAAAACACAUCAGAAGCUAUGGAAAUUUCAUCUCCUGCGCCCACAAGAAGACUUCCUCCAAGAAGAGGAAAGAAAGGAAAGAGGGCUCCUCCACCUCAGAAACCACGGCCUCCAAAAGAGCCAGAGAUGCCUACAGAGCCCGAGAUUCGAUACACCGCUAUGUCGUUUACCAUUCACAAGGUACCCACCCGUUUUGUUCCUAUUGUGGCCAACAGUGUGAAUCCUGUGGAGAAAGUACAGGAAAAGAUGAAGCAUAUACUUGAGACAGGCACAAGAACGUCCAACUACUAUCUUUGGUAUCAAGUGGAUGGUAAGCAAGAUGAGGCAUUAGCGGAAAAAAUCCGUGUACAGCUCCAUCAGGAAGAAAAGAAGUUGAACGGAAUCGUUGUGUCUGGUUCAGGAACCACGACUCUGGGUCUUAAAAAGAGAAAGUUGAUGAAAGCUGAUCCCAUCAAAAAAGCCGAAUAA